AUGAGCACGCCAGCGAUUUCUGGGGGCACGGGUCCCUUCACCGGGUUCACUCGGUUAUGCAAGGGCCUUGCGGUGGUUCUGGUUUGCAGUCACAUUACGGUUCAGUUUUUACCUUCAGCCGUUAACUACCUCGCUCUUAUUCCCGCCAGGACAAUCCCAUUUGCCUGGAAUCUUAUUACUUCUGGUUAUGUUGAACAAUCUGUAUAUGGGGUAGUGAUCAGCACAUUGGGUCUCCUGUUUAUUGGGAAGGUGCUUGAACCUAUAUGGGGCUCCAGGGAAUUCUUUAAAUUCAUCUUUGUGGUUAAUCUUCUAACUUCAGUAUGUGUAUUCAUCACUGCUAUUGCCUUAUACUACAUUACAAGGCUGGAGACUUACCUUUAUAUGCCACUUUCUGGAUUUCACGGAGUUAUAUCUGGUUUCUUGGUUGGCAUCAAGCAAAUUAUGCCAGAUCAAGAGCUUCCUUUCAUCAAGAUAAAAACAAAGUGGUUGCCAUCUAUUACUUUAUUGCUUUGCAUUGCUAUUGGCUUCUGGACACAAGACGCUACUGCAUAUCUUCCUACCAUUAUAUCUGGCACAUAUAUUAGUUGGAUUUACCUUAGAUACUGGCAGAGGAAACCAGAAACAAAACUUAGGGGUGACCCAAGUGAGGAUUUUGCUUUCUCCACAUUUUUCCCAGAAUUUUUAAGACCGGUUAUAGACCCUAUUGCAUCAAUUUUUCACCGAAUGCUCUGUAGAAGAUUUGAUACUUCAAAUGAUGGUCAAAGCUACACUCUGGAAAGUGAGCCUUUACCAGGUUCAGAUUCAAUUGAGGCAUCUAGAAGAAGAGAAAGAGGUGCUCGAGCACUGGAAGAACGAUUGGCUGCAGAAAGGUUGGCUGCUGCACGACGUGAGUUGCAAAGAGAAGCGGAGGAAAAUGUAUAA